UAUAUAGUAAAUAUGAGAGCGAGCAAAAUUAGAAUAAUUAAAAAACUCCAUAAAUGUCUUUGAAAAUCAAUACCGCAGAGAUUCCCUCCACAAUGCAGCUAAAACGAAGAAUUUGUAAAGCGUUCACCUUAGAAUGCUAUUUGGUGAUAUUUGGCAUGUCUUCUUUCAUCUUUUACCUGUUCAUGCUGCGUCAAGACAUUCAACGAGGCGGCUGGUCUGCUAAUUUAACAGCAAGUAGAGAUACUUUGCUUUCUAUGGAAGCUCGUAUUCGAACCAAAUGUUUAAGCGAAAAAUUCGAAUUAACACCGAAUCCUUUGAAGAAUAUCACACAACUAAUGGAUAGCAUUCACGUUCCUCCUUUGGGAGUGGUAAAAAAUAAGCAGGAUAAAUAUAUACGUGAUAUUGGGUACAAGCAUCAUGCCUUUAAUGCUCUAGUGUCCAAUAAUAUUGGUUUAAUACGUUCAAUACCGGACACUCGGCAUAAAGUUUGUCCGCGGAGAUAUGCCAUUGAAACUUUGCCAACUGCUUCUGUAAUUAUCUGUUUUUAUAAUGAACAUAAAAUGACAUUAUUUAGAUCCAUUAAAACAGUUCUAGAACGUACACCAGCUCGGCUUCUCAAAGAAAUUAUACUGGUAGAUGAUUUUAGUGAUUUACCAGAGUUAACUUUCCAUUUGCAGCUCGAGUUGUAUCAACAAUUUAGUUAUGACCAUUUAAAAUAUAUACGUAAUGAUCAACGUGAAGGUUUAAUAAGAUCAAGAGUAAUAGGAGCACGAGAAGCUAAAGGUGAAGUUCUCAUUUUCUUGGAUUCACACAUAGAGGUGAACGAACAAUGGGCUGAGCCUUUAUUGCGCCUAAUAAGCGAAGAAAAUUCAACUUUGGGUGUACCAGUGAUAGAUCUCAUUAAUCCCGAUACUUUUGCAUAUUUAUCAAGCCCUUUGGUUAGAGGUGGUUUUAAUUGGGGUCUUCAUUACAAGUGGGAAAAUUUGCCAGAAGGAACUCUGAAAAAUGAGGAGGAUUUCAAAGGUCCAUUCAAAUCUCCAACAAUGGCUGGAGGCUUAUUUGCUGUUAAUCGCUUAUAUUUCAAUUAUAUAGGUAGCUAUGACUUGGGCAUGGAUAUAUGGGGUGGAGAAAAUCUGGAAAUUUCAUUUCGCGCUUGGCAGUGUGGCGGUGCCAUAAAAAUUGUGCCCUGCUCGCGUGUGGGACAUAUAUUUCGAAAAAGGCGUCCCUAUAGUUCACCGGACGGCUCAGAUACCAUGUUAAAGAAUUCUCUACGUUUAGCCCACGUUUGGAUGGAUGAUUACAUAAAAUAUUAUUUAAAGCAUGAGAAAUUGUCUUCUCAAGAGGAUUUUGGUGAUAUAUCUGAACGCGUAAAUUUGCGUAAACGAUUAAAAUGUCAAGAUUUUUCGUGGUAUUUAAAGAAUAUUUAUCCUGAGUUAAAAUUACCGGGAGAAGAGCAGGUUCAACAGAAUAAAGCGCCGGUCUUUCAACCGUGGCAUUCUAGAAAACGCAAUUAUGUGAAAACUUAUCAGUUAAGACUUUCCGAAUCAAAUUUGUGCGCCUCUGUAGUCUCUCCUAAAGUCAAAGGUUUUUGGAAAAAAGGCAGUCCUUUGGUGUUACGACCAUGCUUACGGGAAAAAAAUCAAAUAUGGUACGAAACUGAUAAAUCGGAAAUUAUUUUAGAUCGCUUACUUUGCUUGGAAGCUACUGGAGACACGGAAGUGGUUAUUAAUAAAUGUCAUGAGAUGUUAGGGGAUCAACAAUGGCGUCACACCACAGCUGAACGUAGUCCCUUAUAUAAUAUGGCAACUGGAACGUGUUUAAGAGCUUUGAAAUCGGAAAUUGAUUCUGAAUUACUGUUGGAUUUAUGCGCCAAACACCAGGCGAACGCUUGGGAUAUUGUGGCAAUUAACUAAGAUUAAGCACAAAAAAAGUAAGAUUGUUAUAGUCGGGCAAGACCGACUAUUAAAUACCAUGCACCUCUUCGCAUAAUACAGUAAUUUAUUAACUUUCUUAAUAACACAUAACGUAGACCAUAUUAAGCAGACUUAAUUUACUUGCGGAGUUGCUUUCGCCACAACAAACCACAAAUUACACUUUAUCGUCAUAGGAAAUCUUGCUUUCAUUAGACCCCCGUACAUAUUGUGAAGCCUAUGACCUAUGUGAUCCACAUGCCUUAUGUUUUCAUUUAUAUAUAUCUUAAAAUUUCGUCUUUUUGGGCGUAUGAAGGCUCGUUUUUCAUUAGAACCUUUCUAUGAGGUGGAAUCCAAAAAAUAAACCAACUGACCAACGGACAUAACGAAUUUUCAUCAAGAUAUAUUAAAAAUUAGGCCUUUCUACCACAUAAAGGUUCGGUUAUAUAGGAAGGAACAGUUGUCCCAUUCUAUCCGAGGUUUUCUCACCAAUUUAGAAUAGCGAAGUACUUUUUCUAAGCGAUUUUGGUUGCGAAAUUCUGAAAUUUACACUUUUUUUUUAUCUAAGGAUUUAUUAAGAUAAGGUAUUAUACGGUGGCGGAUCGAAAAGGUGAUGCGAUCCGAACGAUUUUCAAUAGCGCACAACACGUCAGUGUACAAAAUUUCAACAAAAUAUUUUGGAAAAUGCGACCUGUAGAUUAAACAUAAAAUCUAUGGACAGAUACCAGACAAACGGACAGAUGGAUAUGGAAAAUCGUGCUGAAUCCAUCGGCAUAAUGAAAGGUGAGUCUAUCUUAAGUCCUUCUGCGUAUUACUCACUCCAUAUCGUAGUACCGCAAGCGGUGUAGGGUAUAAAAAAAUGCGUAAUAAUAAGUAAAUGAAA